AUGGCAGGAAAUCGAGAUCUCAAACUCAAGGCUCUAAUGGUCGAAGAUUAUGGCCAAUAUCCAUUAGAGGGUUUCAACAAGGGGAAGAAAGAAACCACGGCACAUUAUAGGAUAAAUGAAGCCAUUCAAUCAAGGCAUGAAGAAGAGACUGAGGUGGUUCGCCUUCAAGCCAAACUCGAGGUUCUUGACAAUCUCAAUGGGUUGUUUGAUCUCAUGAAUGACAAGGAAAAAAUUGAGUCCGAGGUUAGGCUUUCUGAAGAUAAGAUGGAUGAUGUGAAGGUCCCUCCCAUGGACUGGUUCAAGUUGGAUGAACCAAAAAUGUGGGAAUAA